CUUAAGAUAUCGUGGUACAAAUCAAAACUAUUGAUAACAAAAAUAAACACGGUCGGAAUACCAAAUUCAUAAUAAUCAUAAAAAUAUACACAUCCAUUUAAUGUCUGAUAAUGUCUGAUAGAUUCUUCGUAAAUCGUUUCGAGGACUACAACUCUAUUAAAUAUGGACCUGAGUUGUUGGAUUUAAUUCAUAAAGAUGUUGCGAUUCGUUUGGUGAAAGAUUAUGUUGCAAAAAUUUUGGCUGGUUCAAAGAAAAGCAAUUACAAACUUCGGGAUGACUUGUAUGUUGGCGAAGCAGGCAUCGCAUUUAUGUUUUGGAAAUUAAGUCGGUCUGAUGACUUCAAGGGUUUAUUUCCUUGCUUGGAACACGCAUCUUGGUACAUAAAACGAGCAAAGGAGAUAUCGGCUGCCAAGCGAAAGGAUGACGAAAGCAGAGCGGCGUUUCUUUGUGGAAAUGCUGGUAUUUCGGCGGUGUCCGCAGUCAUUUCACAUGAUCUAGACAAAAGAAACAGUGUUUCUCAAGAUAUUAUGGAUUUUCGUAAAGGUCAUGUUGUAUGCAUGUCAAAUAGCUAUACCGAUGAUGAGGUGCUUGUGGGAAGAGCCGGCUAUUUGAGCGGAGCGUAUUGGCUCAAUCAAAUUCUACCAUUCAAACCAAUAUCAAACAACACAAUUGAAGAUAUUUGUGAGAUUUUAAUGAAGCGUGGUCGCACAUAUUCUCGUUCGAGAAAUCUAUCAUUUCCUCUGAUGUACGAAUACCACGGAAGCGACUAUCUCGGAGCUGCUCAUGGACUCUGCUCAAUUUUACACAUGCUACUUGAAUCGCCAUGGUUUGCAGUAAAUGAUACCAAGGAACAGGAUUAUUCCGAUAUUAAAGCAUCUGUUGACUAUUUUCUUGGAAUUCAAGAUGAGAAUGGAAAUUUUCCUACCAGAUUAUUAAACUCGAACAAAAAUUUGAUCCAUUGGUGUCAUGGAUGUUCCGGAGCUAUAUAUAUGCUAGCCAAAGCCUAUCUGGUUUUCAAGGAAGAAAAGUAUCUAGCUGGAUGCCGCAAGUGUGCAGAGUCCAUAUGGCGAGAAGGAUUGUUACGCAAAGGACCAGGCAUUUGUCAUGGAAUAUCUGGAAACGGAUACGCUUUUCUAUUGAUGUUCCGUUUAACUGGAGAAAAUGUUUACCUGUAUAGAGCAGGCAAGUUCAUGGAGUUUCUCGACUCAGAUAUUUUCGUGAAGGCUGCGCGUACUCCCGAUCGACCGUUAAGUUUAUAUGAGGGUAUGGCUGGAGCGGUGUGUUUUAUCGUGGAUUUAUUGAGUCCAGCUACAUCACAUUUUCCCUUUAUGGAUGUAUUCUAUCGAAAAUAUUGUGAAUAAAUAAAUGCCAUAAUUGUGGAAGCAUAAAAA